UCUCUCCUACCAGUUAGACAAAUAACCUGGGCUACUGUGAUCCUAAAGAUGUCAUCUCCAAACAAAAAGCUAUCACCAUGCUCACUUGUAAUCAUGAAAGACGCUACUUUGUUUAAGAAAAUGGUCAUUAUCUUGAAGCCAUCAGAGACUGACUAUCAUCCAAAAAGAUUUCAUUCCUGCUUCUAAGGGGUUAUAAAAUAAAUUAGAUAGGCACAACAUACAUCAGAACAAUGAAGAGCAGCACAGGUAAUUCACUCAUAAAAGAUAUUAACAAAGGGGAGUUAACUCCCAGGACUCAGUGCCAUUCCUAUUUGGAGACUAAAGUAUUCUCAUGCAUCUGUGGUCAGAUGUAGUCUUUAACCAGUCUAAUUCCUGGAGUGGUGUGAAAUACUGCUAAAAACUGAAACCCUUUUGUUCUCCCAACCAUUUGGUCAAAACUCAGAUUGCUGAAAGGAAUGUUCCCCUUUCUAAGGUUCAAUGUAUUAGAUGGCUGUGAAACACUAAUUGGCAAACAGCUUUGGUCACUCUGAAACUGUAUUUUUCAGCAAAUGUAUUAUGCAAUGAGGAAAGGAGUCUCCUAAUUUUCCAGUUGAAGCCCAAACUGGUAUAUUUUUUUCUGAUCUGGGAACUACUUUCAUCAAAGUACACAAAUCUCCUGGGAAAGCACUUGUCUCUAACCCCUGCCUUUACCUGAUAUCUUUACACUACAACCAGCAAGGGUUAUUUUACUUUUACAAGUGAGAGAAAGAAUGCUCCACAGUCUUGCAAUUUCUAUUCCUCACCCCUUUGAUUUGUCUUUUCUAAAGUAUCCAUGUAGUAAGGACAGAAAAGUGUUAGACAUCUCCCUGAGUAGAGAGAGAUCUACACAAAUAGGAUAAGAGAGGCUUGCUUAAUAUUUGCAUGUAUUUAAGUUGUGAGUGAAUGGAGUUCUCUUGCAAGAGGGACGUGCACUUGACUUCCCUUACCCAACACCAGUAUUGGUGUACAUGUUUCUAAGGCUGAGGGACAUCAAGAAAUGCAACCUUGUACUCCUAUACCUGGCAAGCCCUUCCUUACUUUGUGUUCUCCUUCAUCUCUUUCAGAUCCCAGUGUGUGUGAGGCAGCACUGAAGGACCUAAAACUUGGACUCAAGAAAAGCAAACACUAUUCGUCAUGGAUAUUAUAAACAACAGUUCUGCCAGAGCAAGAGUGAAGGUGAAUUUCAGUGAGAAGAGGUACUGGGAGGCCACAAGACCGUGAUUCCUGAUGACUUUGGGCCAUUCAGGAAAAGAUGGGCACCCUUUAUCAAGCUGUUUCUCCCUUGUUACCCCCCUGACUUGUUCCUAGCACUACAAAUCUGAUUUGUUUGCUUGAUAAUUAAACUGAUUUCCAGGGAUCUGCAUGAGAAUUACAGGCUUGCUUCCAGAAAGCACAUUAGGGACACUGAAUUGCUGCUCAUGAGCUAUACAGAGAGCAUUCUUUCCCCUCUUACUGAGAACAAUGAAAAACCUGAAUAGAGAAAUCAAAUUUCUUAAAGAGGCCUGCAUUUUUUAAACCUGGCAGAGUCUUUGAGGAGAGUGAUAGGAAAUGCACUGGACUAUCUGACUGAGGCUCCAGGGGACAGAACUGUGUUGGCUAAAUAGCAGAGCUGGCUAUAUUUAAGAUUGUGGGUCAGCUUUUAUGAAGGCUGAUGUGGAAGAUACAGUGGAAUUCUCUGCUGCUACUGUUGCCUGAUGCUGGAAGGCAGAGGCUGUUUAGGGAUCUGUUCCUUCAGCCUUUUGAGACCUUUGAUAUUGAAGAGUGGGUUGAUGUGCCUGGUGGCCUUGGUGCUUUGCUGAUCACCACUGACCCUCUUCAACCAACCAGCAGGAUUUCUCUCCUAAGGCAGCCUUGUGCUUGAAGCAAUACAAGGGGGCAAAGAAGCAGUAGACCAGCUCAUCUCACCAUGGUGCUCCCACCGCCUGACAAGCGCCAUGUGUGUCUGACCACCAUUGUCAUCAUGACCAGCAUGGCCUUCAUGGACGCCUACCUGGUGGAGCAGAACCAAGGCCCUCGGAAGAUUGGUGUCUGCAUCAUCGUUCUGGUGGGAGACAUCUGCUUCCUCAUCGUGCUACGCUAUGUGGCGGUAUGGGUGGGGGCUGAGGUGAAGACAGCUAAGCGGGGCUAUGCCAUGAUCCUAUGGUUCCUCUACAUCUUUGUGCUGGAGAUUAAGCUGUACUUCAUAUUUCAGAAUUACAAAGCAGACAAGAAGAACUUGGAGACGGUAGCCAGAAAGGCCCUCACUUUGCUUCUGUCCAUAUGUGUGCCAGGGCUCUACCUGGUGCUGGUGGCCUUGGACAGCAUGGAGUACAUACGAACCUUCAGGAAAAAGGAGGAUCUACGGGGACGACUGUUCUGGGUGGCCCUUGACCUGCUGGAUAUAUUAGACAUUCAGGCCAACCUGUGGGAACCACACAAGACUGGGCUGCCAAUCUGGGCAGAAGGGCUCAUGUUCUUCUAUUGCUACAUUCUGCUCCUGAUCCUGCCUUGUGUCUCUCUCAGUGAAAUUAGCAUGCAAGGGGAGCACAUAGCUCCACAGAAAAUGAUGCUCUACCCUGUCCUUAGCCUGGUCACCAUCAAUAUUGUCACUAUAUUCAUCCGGGCCAUCAACAUGGUCUUGUUCCAAGACAGCAGGGUCUCCACCAUCUUUAUUGGCAAGAACAUCAUUGCCAUAGCCACUAAGGCAUGCACUUUCUUAGAAUAUAAGAAACAGGUGAAAGAGUUCCCACAAAAUGCCAUUGCUCUGGAGCUCCAGCAGAACUCUAUCUCUCACAAUCAGACUAUCCACAGUACACAGGUCAUUCCUCAUGAGCCGUCACCCACCAGGGAGAUUCUGGAUACAUGACAAGUCACCCCUGGACAUCAGCAUUUGCUCAGAUUGCCCUGGGGGUGGAGGGAGGUGGGAUGUUGCUCUCUUACUGCAUGGGGUGGGUGUGAAGGACAAGUCCCAGCAGGCAGAGCUCUUCCAGGCACAAAACCCCUACCAUGUUUUAAUCAAACAGUGGAGUGUCCCCUAGACCUCUUCAUCUCAGGUAUAACCCUAGGAGUCCUCCAGACAAACCAAAUGAACUUGCAAAGGACCUGAACCAGCUAUGUCCCCAGUUUUCCUUCUACCCAUUUCUCCCUGCCCAGACAAGUUCCCUGAUGCUGAGAUUUCUGUCUCUCUCCCUUCCUUAAGAACCUCACUUUUGCUCCAAGUCUGGAAUGAAGAUUUUUCUUACCAGAGUCCAUUUUAUGGAGUGGGGAUAGGGGAGGGGUAUUUGAACCAGUAAAUCCUGUGAUCGUAGGUGUCUUUUAUUCAAAUUGUUGUGUUUACAGUUUCCUAUUUAUAACGUCUCCUGGGAGUUCCAACCUGGGUUUUUGGGGGGUUUUGGUAGGGGGCAUGGUUUAUUUUAGUUGGCAAUCUCCUGGAAACAGCUCCUUUGACUCCUCUUUCCAGUAGCAACUAUACAAAGAGCAGCAUCCAAUACUAUAAAUAUAUCUUGCCUUGUGCUAUUCUGCUAAGGCUGCCGGUUGGGAAGAAAGCAGGGGGGUAUCCAUCGCUGCCAGUGCACUAAACCAACUCUGCUAGGAGUAAUAUUUGACAAGCUAAUGUUAAUCUAAUGCUGGUGUUUUAUGUAUCUCGUUCACUUCAAACAACUCAGCACAAUAUUUCUAUUUUUAGAAGGGUCUUUCUCUCUCCCCCUCUUCUUUCUCUUUCUGGUGGUACAAACAUUCCUGACUAGAACAUAUGAUGCAGGGCAGUGCAGCUGCUCUGGUGAAACCAGCCAGCAUCAACACAAGGGGAAGCCAAUGCUGCGGAGAGCUAAUAAUAAUGAUGAUAACAAUGAUAACGAUGAUGCAUUUUGCUCCAGCAUCAGUGUUUAUAAAGAGGGCUGCUUUCCACAGCUACUAUAUUUUUUAAAAUAAAAUGUUUCCAAAAAAUUGCAGAAAGCUCUACUUGUGCCAUGUGGUGGCAGGAGGGCUGGGACUCAGCACCAUAUACAAAUCUCCUUCCCUUUGGGUAUGUGCAUGGUGUGGGGGGCUCACGUGGGUCCCUGGGGUGGGAGCAGCUGAACCAUAAUAAAAUCCCAAUGAGAACAAAUGG